GUCUGGGAUUUUCGCAGAGGAUAAUUUAAGCCCCAGCUCCACUCCGGUGGCGGAGGAGGGGGUGGGUACGAGCGGUGCGCAUGCUCAGCAGCCCAGCUCCGCCGAGGCCCAGCUGCCGCCACCGCCGCGGCCGGGGCUGUAACCGCGGCUGCCGCUGCUCCUCUGAGCGGGCGUUGGUGCCGUGUGCCGAGGCGCCCUGUCAGGCGAGAGGGAGCGGCCGGGCGGGAGCGCGGGCGGCGGCGGAGCCUGAGGAGGGCAGCAGGGGCUCUGAAGGAGCGAGGGCGGGCUGAGCCAGCCUCGGAGGAGCGAGGCGGAGAGCGCGGGGACCCACCCCGGGCGCCCUGCGUGCGACGGCCGGCGGGCAGCGGCGCUGAGCGGCAGGGAGGCCGAGCGGCGGCGGCGGCGGACGGAGAGCCGGCGACCCCCGGGAGGAGGAGAAGCAGGAGCGGGAGGAAGCGCCGAGGAACUGCGGGGCGCGGGUGGGCGGCGGGGCCGCGGGCCAUGGACUCGGCGGCGGCGAGGGCGAGCCGGGGCGGCGGCGCGGCGCAGAGUCAGCCCGCCGCCAGGUGAGGCUGGGCGGAGCGGCCUCGGGGCGCCGCCGCCACUGCUGUGCCGCCGGGCCGCGGAGCGAGUCGGCGGCGGCGGCGGCGGCUGAAGCGGCGCCACAGCAGCCGCGGCGAGCAGCGGCGGCCUGGGAGGAAGAGGGGUCGCCGCCCGGGGUUCUGGCGGCCGCGGCUCUCUCGUCGCAGUAUAUCCUGUUCGGAUUAUCUGUUGCUUCUCCCCAGCUACCUCCUUCCCCUCACACUCACACUCUGUCCCACUCCUCCGCGUCCUCGGUCGAAGCUGCCCUCGGCCCGGGCUGGUUCCCCCCCGCCUGGGGACGCCCCUUACCUCCCCUCCCGGCCUGCGGGGGACCCCGCCGAGACCAUGAGGAAAUUCAACAUCAGGAAGGUGCUGGACGGCCUGACCGCCGGCUCGUCUUCGGCCUCGCAGCAGCAGCAGCUGCAGCAGCAGCACCCGCCUGGGAACCGGGAGCCCGAGAUCCAGGAAACGCUCCAGUCCGAGCACUUUCAGCUGUGCAAGACUGUUCGCCAUGGAUUUCCCUAUCAACCCUCAGCCCUGGCCUUUGAUCCCGUACAGAAGAUCCUGGCAGUGGGAACUCAGACUGGUGCUUUAAGGCUCUUUGGUCGCCCAGGAGUAGAAUGUUAUUGCCAACAUGACAGGGGAGCUGCAGUAAUCCAGCUCCAGUUCCUGAUUAAUGAGGGAGCUCUUGUGAGUGCCUUGGCUGAUGACACCUUACAUUUAUGGAAUUUACGUCAAAAGAGACCUGCAAUACUACAUUCACUUAAAUUUUGCAGAGAAAGGGUUACGUUUUGCCAUUUGCCUUUCCAGAGUAAGUGGCUCUAUGUGGGCACUGAACGAGGUAAUAUACAUAUUGUCAAUGUGGAGUCCUUCACACUCUCAGGCUACGUCAUUAUGUGGAACAAAGCCAUUGAACUGUCAUCUAAAUCUCACCCAGGACCUAUCGUCCAUAUAAGUGAUAAUCCAAUGGAUGAAGGAAAGCUUUUGAUUGGCUUUGAAUCUGGAACAGUAGUGUUAUGGGACCUCAAAUCAAAGAAAGCAGACUACAGAUACACCUACGAUGAGGCUAUCCACUCUGUUGCUUGGCAUCAUGAAGGAAAACAAUUUAUUUGCAGUCAUUCAGAUGGCACUUUGACUAUAUGGAAUGUGAGAUCCCCUGCUAAGCCUGUACAGACGAUAACUCCACAUGGAAAACAGUUAAAGGAUGGGAAGAAGCCAGAACCAUGCAAGCCUAUCCUCAAGGUGGAAUUCAAAACGACCAGACCUGGGGAACCUUUUAUUAUUUUAUCAGGAGGUUUGUCAUACGAUACUGUAGGAAGAAGACCUUGCUUAACAGUUAUGCAUGGGAAAAGUACUGCAGUGCUAGAAAUGGACUAUUCAAUUGUUGAUUUCCUGACGCUGUGUGAAACCCCAUACCCAAAUGAUUUUCAAGAACCAUAUGCUGUGGUUGUUCUACUAGAAAAGGAUUUAGUACUUAUAGACCUUGCACAAAAUGGAUAUCCUAUAUUUGAAAAUCCCUACCCUUUGAGUAUACAUGAAUCCCCUGUUACAUGUUGCGAAUAUUUUGCUGAUUGUCCUGUGGACCUUAUUCCUGCACUUUAUUCUGUUGGAGCUAGACAGAAACGUCAAGGUUACAGCAAAAAGGAAUGGCCCAUUAAUGGAGGCAAUUGGGGCUUGGGUGCUCAAAGCUACUCAGAAAUAAUUAUUACAGGGCACGCUGAUGGGUCAGUUAAGUUCUGGGAUGCUUCUGCGAUAAAUCUACAAGUAUUAUAUAAAUUAAAGACGUCUAAAGUAUUUGAAAAGUCAAGAAAUAAAGAUGACAAGCCAAACACAGACAUUGUAGAUGAAGAUCCGUAUGCCAUUCAGAUCAUCUCCUGGUGUCCAGAAAGUCGAAUGUUGUGCAUAGCUGGAGUUUCAGCUCAUGUCAUUAUUUAUAGAUUCAGCAAACAAGAAGUGAUUACAGAAGUCAUUCCGGUAAUGCUUGAAGUUCGAUUGUUAUAUGAGAUAAGUGAUGUGGAAUCUCCAGAGGGUGAACAGGCACCACCUUUGCCGACACCAGUUGGGAGUGCCAAUCCUCAGCCCGUUCCUCCUCAGUCUCAUCCUUCUACCAGUAGCACUUCGUCUGAUGGGCUUCGUGAUAACGUCCCUUGUUUGAAAGUUAAAAAUUCUCCACUUAAACAGUCUCCAGGUUAUCAGACAGAAUUAGUUAUUCAGUUGGUAUGGGUGAGUGGAGAACCACCACAACAAAUAACCAGUCUGGCAGUUAAUUCUUCCUAUGGAUUGGUAGUUUUUGGCAAUUGUAGUGGCAUUGCAAUGGUUGACUACCUCCAGAAAGCAGUACUCCUCAACCUGGGCACUAUUGAAUUAUGCGGCUCCAGUGAUCCUUAUCGGAGAGAACCCCGAUCUCCUCGUAAAUCUCGACAACCUUCAGGAGCAGGUCUGUGCGAUAUUAGUGAAGGGACUGUAGUCCCAGAAGAUCGCUGCAAAUCUCCAACUUCUGGUUCUUCAUCACCACACAAUUCAGAUGAUGAACAAAAAGUGAAUAAUUUUAUAGAAAAGGUGAAGAUCAAAAGCAGAAAGUUUUCCAAGAUGGUAGCCAGUGAUAUAGCAAAAAUGUCAAGAAAGUUAAGCUUGCCUACUGACCUAAAGCCUGACUUAGACAUAAAAGAUAAUUCCUUCAGCCGAUCACGGAGUUCAAGUGUAACCAGCAUUGACAAAGAAUCCCGAGAAGCAAUCUCUGCUCUUCAUUUCUGUGAAACUUUUACUCGAAAGGCAGAUUCAGCCCCCUCCCCAUGUUUGUGGGUUGGUACUACAUUGGGAACAGUGCUUGUCAUUGCACUGAACCUUCCCCCAGGAGGAGAGCAAAGACUUCUUCAGCCAGUAAUUGUGUCUCCAAGUGGUACUAUAUUGAGGUUAAAAGGGGCAGUCCUGAGAAUGGCAUUCCUGGAUUCCACAGGCUGCUUAAUGCCACCCGCAUAUGAAUCCUGGAAAGAACACAAUGUUCCUGAAGAGAAGGAUGAAAAGGAGAAAUUGAAAAAACGAAGACCUGUCUCUGUAUCUCCCUCCUCUUCUCAGGAAAUUAGUGAAAACCAGUAUGCAGUGAUGUGUUCUGAAAAGCAAGCAAAAGUAAUCUCACUGCCAACUCAGAACUGUGCUUAUAAGCAAAACAUUACAGAGACCUCAUUUGUUCUUCGUGGAGAUAUUGUAUCAUUGAGUAACAGUAUCUGCCUUGCCUGCUUCUGUGCCAAUGGACACAUUAUGACUUUUAGUUUGCCAAGUUUAAGACCUCUAUUGGAUGUGUAUUACUUGCCCCUUACCAAUAUGCGGAUAGCCAGAACGUUCUGCUUCACCAACAAUGGACAAGCAUUAUAUCUUGUUUCACCUACAGAAAUCCAGAGACUCACUUACAGUCAAGAGACCUGUGAAAAUCUUCAGGAAAUGUUGGGUGAACUCUUCACUCCUGUAGAAACACCUGAAGCACCAAACAGGGGAUUCUUUAAAGGCUUGUUUGGAGGUGGUGCACAAUCUCUUGAUAGAGAAGAACUAUUUGGAGAAUCAUCCUCGGGAAAGGCUUCAAGAAGUCUUGCUCAGCAUAUCCCUGGCCCUGGUGGCAUCGAAGGCGUGAAAGGAGCAGCAUCUGGAGUUGUUGGUGAAUUAGCACGAGCCAGGUUGGCACUAGAUGAAAGAGGGCAGAAACUUAGUGACCUGGAAGAAAGAACUGCAGCUAUGUUAUCCAGUGCAGAUUCAUUUUCUAAACAUGCUCAUGAGAUGAUGUUGAAAUACAAAGAUAAGAAGUGGUACCAGUUCUGACAACCAGAAAUCCAACUAAGUCCAACUUCAGCCAGAAGGAAAAAGAAUUUUCCUUUUUUAUUUUAUUGAUUUCACUUUAGGAAAGUUAACAUUAAAGAGAUGUUCAUCACUGGAUACUGUUCUUUCCUAGCACAAUCAUGCACUGUUUGACCUCAGUCAUGCGGCUUUAACUGAGGAGUGUUCACACACACUCAACGUGGAGUAUGUGCUGUGGGCCAGCUACGAGUUGACGGUUUGGGAGCUAGGAUGGUCACAUGUUACAAAUGAAGAAACAGAGGGAUGUUGAGGAGACGUGGCAGGGACUUUUCCUGGGUCAGUCCUGUAUUAAACUUUCACAUGCCAAAAGAUUCUGUGCUGUCGUUAUCUGCCAUCAUUGUUUGACCUCUUUGAGGAAGAGGCAAUAAGUCAGAAGUCCUGAAGCUGAAACAGUUAUAUUUGUGUCACUUACUGAAUUAUAAACGGCUGUCUUGGACUUUCCCUCCCUUCAACUGGCUGGUCAUCAGUAUCAUUAGUGAAAAAGACACAAACUGUUUAUUACCAUAUCUUUAGACAGAUAAGCUGAAUGGUGGGCUUUAAAUAAUAAAAACAUACACAUAGUUGACUUGUGUAUGGGCUACUCUUGGAUUCUUGUUAUUGUAUACUUGUGUUUAGUCCAUAUUUUGUCAAAAGCAAAACAAGGCGAUACAUCACUUUUCAUUGAAAAGAAAAGUAUAGAGCAUGACUGAACUGCUCAUGAUUCUGGGAGUUUCCAUGUAAUGGCUAUGCAGUGUGGAAAGUGAGAAAAACCUCCAUUGUGGUGAGGAGAAUACUUCAAGGUCCCUUGUCCUUGUUCUCAUUAAUUCAGCUAAACGUGGAUUUGACCAAAAUAGUUACUGGUUAAAUUUGUAGAAAUGUUGAAAUUGGCUAAGUUUUUAAUUUUGCUUGAAUUUUUAUAAAAUGUUUAACCCAAUGUACCUUUGCAUUAUUUAAUUAAAAUUGCUUUAAAAAAAUGUUUCAUUAUUUCAGUAAAAUGUUCAGCUCCCGUUUUAAUAUGCCCUUUACUUGCUAACAGUUCCAGUACACUCAGGUGAUGAGCCAAUUAAAUCUUAGUGCACAUGCUGUCGCAUGGAAAAAAUCACAAGCAUCCUUUGUCAAUAAUUAUCUAUGUAAGAGUCUAGUCUGAUGACGUACAAAGUAUUUUCUGUAGAAAUAUACUGUAAAACUGUUCAUGUCCUUUCAAGGUUUUAAAAAGCCAAAAGGAAAGGAAAAUAUGUGCAUUUUGGUAACUAAAUUAUUCCUGUAUUGGAGUAUAAAGCAGAUGAGACCAUCGGUGGACAAUAAAUGAUUGGUCCCUAGAAUAGCACAUAGGCAGAAAAGAGAUGAUGGGGUAGAUCUGAAGUAGGUAAGCUCAUUCUGCAGGCUCAUCUGAGAUUAUUACUGAUUGUUCUUAAAGCAACAAAGGACGAAUAAUAUAGAAGCAUUAUACUUAGUAUUAAUGAAAUUUAAAUAUUUUCUUCUAUAAAAAAUAGUUCAAAACAGUUUUCUUUUGUCAUUAAGAGAUAAUCAGAGCACAAAUUGAUAGCAAACAUGAUGGUUGUUUUUCUAUUCCAUAUGAUCAUUAAAGGUAUAUUGUAGAACACCUUAAUUUCACACAGUCUGUUAUGCAUUUUUCCUCUU